AUGCAGUGGCCAGACUGGCUCAGGUGGUCCGAGUCUGACAAGGACAAGAAGAAGCCUGUCGCCUGGUCCGACUCGCUCAACGCUACCGACUGGUCACACUAUUCGUCCCCUCGCACCAUCCUGCCCACCGCCAUCUUGACCUUCUCCACCCUCGCCCUGAUCCGCAUCUACCGCAGACACCUCCGCCGCGUCCCCGAAGCCCAGUACAUUACCCCUUCGUACUUUCACAAACGCAGUCUCUAUGGCUACGUCAGUCGUGUCGGAGACGGCGACAACUUCCGCCUGUUCCACACUCCUGGAGGUCGUCUCACCGGUUGGGGUUGGCUCCCCUCGAGAAAGGUUCAAGAUUGGACAUCGAAAGAGUUCAAGGACAAGACUGUCCAUGUCCGAAUAGCAGGUGUCGAUGCCNCCGAGACUGCCCAUUUCGGCAACAAAGAACAGCCUUUUGGAAAAGAAGCCCUUGAAUGGCUGAGGACUCUACUUCACAAGCGUUAUGUCAGAGCAUACAUAUACCGACUCGAUCAAUAUCAAAGAGUCGUUGCUAGUGUGUCAUACUGGAAGUGGGGCUUCUGGAAGACAGACGUCGGUCUAGAGAUGAUCAAGAAUGGUAUGGCCACCGUCUACGAAGCAAAGUUUGGCAGCGAAUUUGGAAACAAAGAGGCCAAAUACCGCAGAGCUAUGGAAAAGGCUCAGAAGAAACAGAUCGGCAUGUGGAAGCAUACCAAGCCCAGCUUGAUUGGCAAGUUGAUGGGCCAGAAAGAUGAGAAGAUCGAAACUCCACGCGAAUACAAAACUCGCAUAAGCCUUCUCGACAAGGCUGAGACUGGCCAGAAGAAAUAA